AUGAAGCUCCUCACUAUACUCCUGUCCAUAACCCUCCUUGCCAUCAAAGCUCUAGCUGACGAAGGCCACGGAGACCACGUGGCCUCGGUGGUUGAGAAUAACCCCAAGUCAGCCACAUUCCAAGCUGUCCUGCAAACUGGCAAGCCUGUCCAAGGUCAAAUCACUGGGGUUUCUCACGACAAUGGUACUGGGGUCGAUUUCAACAUCAAUUUCUUUGACUUCCCGCCUUCUGAAGACGGACCAUUCAAAUACCACAUCCAUGUAAACCCCAUCCCCGAAGACGGCAACUGCACCGGUGCUGGGAGUCAUCUGUCGCCCUAUGGUCGCCCAGACACUCCAGACUGCAAUACCGACGAUCCUUCGACCUGCCAGCCAGGCGACUUGAGCGGCAAGCACGGCGUCAUCGACGACACGGCCGAAGAAAGAAACUUCCAACGCAGCUACCUCGACCUAUAUCUGAGUGCCAACCCAGAAAAUCCCAGUUUCUUCGGCAACCGCUCCGUUGUCGUCCAUGCCCUGAAUGGCACAAGGUUGAAUUGUGCCAACUUCACCCAACAGUGGCCGGCCAAUAAUGGAAGUGGAGGGUACGGACCCGAAGAUUAUAAUCCUGUUAAUGGGGAUAACGGCUCGGAUGCGCCUGCAAAUGCAUCGAAAGGUGGUGCGGAAGGCAUGUUCAGGAGCCUAUAUCCCGAGCUUUCCCUCCCACUAGUGUUGACUGUCGCUUACGCCAUUUUACUGCUCUGA